GGCUGCCUUCCGGGAGUACUGAGCGUGCAAACCUUCCAUCAGAAGCCCCCAGGGCCUCCUAGACUUGUGCAAAAUUCCAGAAAGAAAGCAAGCCCGGGGCAACAGCGGGAGAAUGGCAGUGCCCUGGGAGGAAUAUUUCCAACUGGUUUUGGAAGAGAAACUGUCUACGAAGAUCCCAGAGCAGAACACAGACCACAUCCCCCCAGUCCUGCGUCUCUUGGAGAAGAGGCAGGAGCUGGUGGAUGCAGACCGGGAGCUUCAGGCCCAGAAGGAGGUGUUCGAGAUCAGAAAGGCCUCCCUGAAACAGCGAUGGGAACAGUUGGAACAGAAAGAGCAGGAGCUAAAGGGGUCAUUCAUCCGCUUUGAAAAGUUUUUGCAGGACGCCGAGGCCCGGCGCAGCCGCGCACUGCGGAGAGCAGCGGAGGAGCGGCACCUAGUGGGCCGCCGGGAGGCGGAGGCGCUGCGGCUCCGGGCUCAACUGGCCGAGCUGCAGCGGGAGCGCGCGCGGCUGCAGCGCGGGCUGCAGCGUCUGAAGCCCUGCGCGCGCCUGCUGGGGCAAAUGUUGGAGCUGCUGCCCGAGUUCCAAGCGGUCCCCGAACUGGUGGAGCGCUUCGACGGGCUGGCGGACAUGCAGGCGGCGCUGAGGCUCACGGAGCGCCAGCGGCUCGCGGAGUUGGAGGAGGCGCGCGCGCGGCUGCAGCGGCUGCGGGACUCCUGGCAGGACGAGCUGCUUCUGCAGGGCCAGCGGCGAGCGCAUCUCCUGGAGCGACUGGAGUCGGCGCGGGAGCGCACGCUGCACUGGGUACCGAGGCCGGAGGAGGAAUCCAAGUGGAUUCAGAUCCAGACCACGGCGGCUGAGAAGACCUUGCUCCUGGGACGCACCAGGAUGGCAAUACUCAAUAUGUACCAGCUAGUGUGUCAGCAUCAGAGUCGGCCACCCGCCCUAGACAUCGAGGACGCCGAGGGGCAGCUGGAGCAGGUAAAGCUGUCCAUUCUGGACCUCUCCACCACACUGGCCGGACUCCGGCAGGCUGAGCCCACUGCCCCUACCUCCUGACCCUGACCCAGGUGAGCAGCGGGAGAGGGACCCCUCGAGGGACCCAGCCUGAGGACAGGGGAGGUACACAUUUCCUAUGGGGUGUGGGCUGAGUGGCUCUCACCAGAAAGAUGGGAGGGCUGUGGGGUGUACACAAGAGGCACAUAGCAAGUACUAAGUAAAUGUGAGCUACAUGGGGGCCCCAAAACCACAUCCACUAUGUGGUCUGGUACCUGGUCCACCCUCCCAGGGCAGUGGGAGCAUUUAAACCAGCUGAUGUUUGUCAGGUUAGAACGGGGCCUGGCACAAAAAUUCUGGGAAAUUCUAGAUGAGUGUUUGGUAAGUAAAGUAAAAUAAAGGACCAACAAGAGGGUCACAUGCGGACACCAUUCCCAGGGCGUCUGCUCACAAAGGCUCCUCCAUAAUGGACUGGCGCUGAGGGGUGGCCAGUCUGAGAACCCAGCUGCAAGAUGCAGCCCAUGACCUUCCCAGGGCCCCCAGCAGGGGCUGAGGAGCACAGGGCUUGGAGGAAAGCAGAGGUCAGAACAGGUUUUGACCUCUGGGUAUGUGGUGGACUCUUCGCAGCCAAGAGGAGCACUGCAUGCUCUGAUCCUUGACCCCACAUCCCAUCUGCCUCUCACCAUCCAGUCCCAGCUGCAAGCCUGUCCUGGUGGGAGGAAAGGGACCCAAGGGCCAAUUUCAAGGUCCUCAAACCUUGGCAACCUACCCAUCCUCUGAGCCUGACUUUUCUCAUCAGCAAAAUGGAGACAUCGGCAGAACCCACACAGGACCCACCCACACGCUCUCGGCUCAUCGGCACUCCAGCUGAAAUUCCAGCACCCUGGUCUGUCCCUUCCAACUCCUCAAGCAGACUGUGCUCCUGGUCCACUGGAGAUGCUCAAUAAAGGUUUAUUACAUUAAAAAAAACAUCACUGGGCCUCAGGCACUCAGGGCUCAAACCCAUGGGGCCACCACCUCUGAAUCUGGAACACAUGACAAGCAGCAGCGCUGAGGUGCCAGCUCAGGUUGUGGCCUACCUGGCACACUCCUAUGAACCCUUCAACACCCUACUCGUGUGCCCUGUCUUAGGCAGAGGCAGCUGCUGCCCCUCUGUGGCACUCCUUUGCAUGGGCCAAGGGAGCUCCCCCCCGUGCUCAACUCAGGGCCAGGCACACAGCGGCACACGGGGAACGCUGCUGAUGUCCACGCCUGGACCAACUGAGGAAUCGCGGGCUGUGUCACCUUCUUACAUCCUCUUCCUCAUCUUGCCCUUCUUGGAAGGGGCGCCCCGGCCGAAGGCGCCCUGCUGCAGCUCCUGCGCGCGGCGCCGGUUGCGGGCAGAGAGCUGCUUCAGGCCCCCACGCUGCAGGAAGCGCAUCUUCUGGGCUCGGCGCCGCUGCUUCAGGAUCUGCUGCUUGGUCUUGAGCUCUGAGCGCACGCGGCCUGUGGGGGUGCCAGGGGUGCGGGGCUGGGAUGCACCUGCCGGGACAGAGAUGCCAGGAGCUCAGCUUUCGGGUCGACUCCCACUGUCUUCUCCUCCCAGAAAUUCCCGUCCCCACUCCCAUUCUGUGUUCAAGCCCCAGCAUCUGGCAGGUGGUAACCGCUGAAUAAGGCUUAAGUUGUCUACUGUAACGGGCAACAGCAUGGACCCUCUAGCCCAAACUGUCGGGUUCAAAUCCCAGCUGUGAUCUCAUGGACAAUGACAUAGCUUUUCUGUGCCUCAGCUUCCCCGCCUGUGAAUUAUGAAUAGCAUCUACCUCCAA